AUGGAAAAGAGCUGUACAGAUUCAGAACCCCUGGAGGAGGGCCCCGGGUUCAUUCUUUAUGGGAUCACUCUCUGGGUCGUCCAGAUAGGUUUGGUCCGAAUGGUUGCCAAAGCACCUAUUCACCAGCCUGAACCUGUGAGGAAGAUAUUGAUUUGCGACAACUCUAGUGGUAACAGCGACGCAGACGACGACUCGGUUUCAGAGAACGUGGUUGAUCUUGGUUCCGCGGAUGAAGAGACAACUCCGAUUACACCUCUCCCAGCGGAACUACUGGAGCCUCAAAGUGUGCAAACUCCAACAUUGGAACCUUCCUUCAUGAAGCUUUCACCUGAAGACUCUCAUCCCAUUGAUUGUCUUCCAGUAGAGUCUCUCCCAGUGGAACCCAGCCCAACAGAAACUCCUCUUGAAGCAAGCCAUCCUGCAGAAACCGCUUCACCAGCGAAGACAACGCCGUUGACGGAACCAACCGCAACACCAAAUCUACCACAAAAGCCUCGAAGAGUGAUUCUGCGACCGGCAAGAUUGAAGAGGCUUAGCCCUGAAGCAGAAGUUGACCCAAACACCGCAUUCACAUCGGAAGAAAAGGAUGUCUUGAAGCGUUUCGUCACUACCUUGAGUGCUCAAAGACAUCAACUCUUCGCUAAAUCCGAGUUCAUUCUGCCAACGAUUGUGCCCAGCCUCGUCUCCAUAUUGUCUGCGUAUGGGUCCAGUCAAACAAUAGCAGCGACAGGCACGGCGGACGCGAGGAAAGACACCAUAACCCUCAUCCGCAUCGUCGGUCUGAACAGGUGGGAUGAGAUCCGCUUCUUUCACAAGAUCAUGUCAAGGCCCGAGAAUCGACAUGUUUUCUCCCCACUCGAUCUAUGCUACCACAAGGAGCGAGUCCGUCGCACAGCUCUCGAAGCUGCGUGUGCGAUUCGCGAUCCGGCACAAGCCCGCACUCUCUGCGGCUGUCUGAUCGUUGUCCAAUCCUCCAACCUGGGCCAGCGGACGUCAACGAUCGGCGGCCUUCUUUCGAUCAGGGGCAAAUACCACGCUCUUACAACGAGCCACGCCCCCGAUGACGAGGAUGAGCCUCCAGACAAUUCGGUUGACGAUGAGAGUGAUUCUGAUGUGGGCUCGCUCUUUAUCUUUGAUGGUGAUAUUGAUAAUGGCGAUUCGGAUUCGGUUACUUCCUUUGCUUCGGACGAUGGUGAAAGCGCGAGGGGCGAAACCGCGGGACAGAUUCACGAGACUGCGUCAAUGGAAGAGGAUGCCCUCAACGAUGGAGCAGGAUCCACAAGGGAAAUGAAGAGUAAGGUCUCGACAGAGAAGGGAAAAUCUACCGCAGAGCGUUCAUUUGCAGACAUGAUACAAGCAACAAACGCAAGUCACAUGAGGCCUGAAGACUUGACGACCAAGGAGGGAUACAUCACACACACCGCCGUCCCAGAAAACGGUUUUCAAUCAGGAGAUUCGGGCUCCUGGAUCGUCGACGAUAGAUCAAGACGCGUUCUUGGCGUCUUGGUCGCUCGUUCCAGCGGUGUCGGAUAUAUGGUCUCCUUUGCUAGUAUUCGACAGGACAUCGCUACCACGUUGCGAAUCAGACAGACGUCGGUACAAUUGGCCUCUAGAAUGGACCCCUUGCUCCGCGGCCGCGGCAGCAGCACCGGCAGGGUCAUCCGGUCCUUCUCCCCAGUCAGGUACACGAGGCGGGCGCCAGCCGCACAAUCCUGGAGCCAGAUGCUCUCAGGCGCCGCGGCAGCAACUCUCGAUGUUGUGAGGCACCCAGUCGAUCUUGGUCACAACCCAUCAGUACUCGUUUUGUUCAUUGCCACGGUGUACAUGUCUCUCUUAUGGGAGAUUCCGUCCGCGUGGCGCUCGGUGACUACCUUACAGAAUGCUCUAGUACCACCAGCGUGCGCCCUGCUCUUCUGGGCCCUCACCGAGCUCGAGAUGCGACGCAGACCCACGACGUACAGCCGACAUGAUAGACUAGCCAUUCGAAGAACUCUCUGCACGUGGCUCUGGAUCACUGUCGCGGCUGGUCUUUUGGCUAGCUUAGGGAUCUACAUUGUGCGAGGCCCGGCCUCGAACCCUUUUACUCUACGUUCGAACGGGCAGAGAGUUAGCGAUCAAUCUAUAAGGGAUUUCAGUGACGCGAUGGAACGUCUGAGGAGGUCGGACCCUCAGGCUCGGUACAAUGCUUUCGAAGACGACUUGAGGGAAUUGAACCUCGCUUUGAGACGUUUGGAUUUCUGGGCCGUAUACUACAAACUUAAAGACAUGGUGUUGAGAAAGCUUUCGAAGCACAAGUGGUUGAGGCAACUGUAA